AUGAGGCCCCUUGAGGGUCCGGCGACUGCUUUCUUCCUUGCUUGUGAAGAUUCAUCUAACGAGAGUGGGGAGGAGGAGCUAGGAGCAGCAUCCAACGACGGAGACGUUGGAGGGCGACCUGAAAGUCCAUCCAUGGUUACAGGAAGUCUAGACGACAUUGAGGACGAUGACACUUGGGGUCCUCUCAGUGUUGAUGGUAAUUAUAUAUCUGAGGAAGAAAUGGUCUGUCCUGAGAGACUACAUCGUCGGGUUGUUGGAGGCCAUGAAUAUGAACGGAAAUUGGCUGUUCAGUAUUUGCUGGGAGCUCUUCGCCGGACCGUGGAGAGACCGGAUGCCGCUUUCGCAAUCAACGCCUUCGUGGAAAUCUUCGAUGUUCUCUUCAACGAUCCAGUGGUCCUAGUACGGCACGAGUUCUUGCAACAAGUGCCUCAUCUUGCCAUGCUGUGUCACCAGAACAAGGAAAUCUUGGGCUUCCUGAUGAAAGAUCACUUGCUACCUCAUACAGUGCAAGCCAUCAUGGAUCCUGUUCUUCAGGUCAGGAAAACUGCUUCAGCUGCCUUGGUGGUCGUGGUUGAGCAAGGCUUAAUAGAAUCUGAUGACUUUACAACAAUAUUGGCUCCUGACUUAUGUGAACUGACUAAGGCUGGGAAGUCUGAAGAAGGAAGAAUUGAGGUUGUUUCAUACCAUAUCACAGCCACCUUUGAUGAGUUCACUGAAUGCAUAUCACCAGAAAAGCAGUGUGACAUGUCAGACCAGUCAAUUCGGCUGUGGUAUGCUGCAGUGGAGAGCCAGAUCACAGCCGUAAUCGACGAGUUUGAUGGUCACUCCAUCUCCAUGCGACAUGCCACCUCCUGGGAAUUCAGGGCAGCAAGUGGAGAGUGUGUGGUUCUUUUCUUUGCUCACAAAGUGGCUGUUGCCAGCUUUGAUGAGCGAAGAGAUGAUGUCAACCCUUGUUACACUGGAUAUCAUCAUGAGCCUAAGGAUUUAAUGGUGAAGAUGUCCCCUUUAGUGGGAGAGGAAAUGACAGAUUGGAUCUUCCUGAACACAUUUUGUAUGCUGUGUGAAGAUAGUUCACUGCAAAUGAGGAUAACUUGUGCUUCCCAUUUUCCUGACAUGUCCCAUGUUCUGGGGCCAAGAAGUACUGAAAUUCACUUGUUGUCAAAAUUCAUCCGUUUAUGUGAGGACCAGGAGUGGCCAGUGAGGAAGGCUUGUGCUGGAGUCUUCACAUCUUUUGCAGCCAAUUGUAGAUUGGAAACAAAGAAGAACUCCCUUACUCCAAUUUUUGUAUCACUCUUGAAAGAUCCCGAGUCUCGUUGUGUGAGAGCUGCAGCCUUUCAAAAUCUGGGAGGCUUCAUUUCAUCCUUCUCAAGCCCUCUGGCAUCAGGCUUCAUCCUAGUUGAUGGAAAAUUGCACCCUUUGGGUAGACUGCAUUCAUUUGAAAAUUACUCACAAGAACAGGAAGUUUCUGGAAGAGAGUUAGAAGACCAUCAUCAUCAUCAUAGUGGGAGUGACAGUGGUAAUGUGGAGGGUGAGGGAGGAAACAAGGAGGAUUCUGAUGUCACUGGCAAUUCCCCUGAUGAAGGUUUCCAUGAGUCAGAGAAUGGAUCCCUUGAAGACCCAGACCUAGAAAAGGAACAAGGUCCAUCAACAGAUACAGUGAUAGCAGGUGUGGAUGCAUUCCAAGAAGAGUGGAACUCCUUAACAAGUGAAGAAGCUUCUGUACCUAAUGAAGAAGGGACCACUGAACAUUCAACUGAAGGCAAGAAGCCUGAAGAGCCAGUUGUAGUACCUGAUGAGGAAGCUUUCAAUGAUUUUAGCUUUUGGAAAAUGCCAGUUCCUGACGUUGAGCCACCUAAAGAGGAGUUGGAGCUAGUCCAAGACCUUGAUGAUUUCCACAUAUCACAGGAUGCCUUUUGCAGGAUAUCCUUUCACCAGAAUGUGGAUUCUUCAGAGAGUCGUCAAGCACGACUUCCAACCUACUCAGAGAUGGUGAAAAUGGGCAGGUCCCAUGCAACAAAAAGAACAAAUCCUGAGUCUAUCAGUGCAGCAUUUCUGGCUGAGUCUUUUUUUAGGCCAAGCAGUUUGGAGGAGCCUCUGCCCAUUUACAGUAGAGACAUGAAAGAGAGAGAGAACAGAGACGUGAUGAGUUUCCCUGAACGUGGUCAAGCUGUACAUCUUGUGAUGAGCGAUGAGGAAGAGGAUGAUAUGACUAUAACCUCUCUAUUUGAUGCUCCCAUCACUCCAUUACCUCGCAGCAUGGGAUCAGGGAAUUAUGGAAGUAGCAUUUCCCAGUUUCCAUGGGAGGUGCAGAAAAUGGAACCUCAGGACUUAGUGCCUAUGCCUCUUUUGGAGCUCUUUGUUUCCAUGACAGACUCCGAAAAGUGCCACUCGGUUGAUGGAGAUGUUGUCCGUUUCUGUGCCUUUAACUUCCCUGCAGUUGCUAUGGCCUUGGGGAAAAAAUAUUGGGGCUACAUCAGAGAAACAUUUCAUGUCCUUGCUGGGAACAUGCAGUGGAAGGUCCGUCGUCCAUUGGCCUUCUGCAUGCAUCACUUGGCUGUGAUACUGGGUCCCGAGAUUGCUGCUAAUGACCUUGCUCCAGUCUUUGCUUCCUUCAUGUCAGAUGUGGAUGAAGUCAGAAUGGGUAUUCUCUGUCAUUAUGCAGAAUUCUUGAAGGUACUACCAGACUGUGAUCGUGCCCCCUUCCAUUGCCAGCUGCCAGAGUUCCUCAAACCUGAAGAUAGCUUCUCUAAUUGGCGCCUGCGUGUUGAACUUAGCCACCAGUUACCUUUGCUAGCUGCGCUCAAUCCUGCAAAUUCCACAGAGGAUACGCUUCAGCCACCACAUUCCAUUCAUGUGGAAGUGGCUCUCCACCUCCUUUGCGACAGGGUUUUUGAAGUUCAGCAAGCUGCACUUAGCAGUUUAUGUCAGAUCCUGAAACAUCUGAGGGUGACCAGGUUGAAUGACCUAUGCUUGAGAAACUUGAUAAAGAGCAUUACUGGUGUCCUCCUCAACGGGGGGAAGAAGUGGAGAAGACGGCAACAGUUUGCCAAAUUGUGUGAGAGGGUUGUUGCAGACUCAUGUUUACCUCCUGAUGUCAUCAUGCAAGAGCUUAUUCCCCACCUUCUGGAGUUGGUCUGUGAUCGAGUGCCCAACAUUCGUAUGGCAGUUGCCCAGGCCCUGCAAGUGCUCCGACAAAUGAGUUGGUUGGAAGACCAAUGGAAGGUGCUAGAUCCACUGAACUUCUUAUCAAGAGAUCCAGACCAAGAUGUGAGACGAGCUGCAGCCAUUCAGCAGGAGCAUUUGACAUGCUUCUCUAGUCAAGAUGGAAGACCAGUACCCUAUUUCUCUCCCCCCCUCCUCCUCCUACUUGAUUCUUCCUGCAACAUCCAGAUUGCAAAGUACCUUGAAGUGCAACAGAUGUCUUCCAAUGGGUAUCAAGGAAUUCGCUUGCACAUUUAUCAAGUCCUUUGGGUUUGGUUUGACAUUGAGAAGCAGUGGACAUGA